AUGUCGGUGGCGUCCCUCAAUGCGACCCUCGAGGAGCAGAAGCGGCUCAAGUACGACGCGGCACUCGAGGCCGAGCUCCGCAAGUGGAUGGCCUCCGUCCUCGGGGAGCCGGGGCUCGCAGACGUCUCGAAGCCGCUCCAGCAGCUCCUCAAGGACGGAUCGGUCCUGUGCCGACUGGCCAACAAGAUGCACGCAGGGCUCGUGACACGCAUCAACGCCUCCGGGCUGGCGUUCAAACAAAUGCCGGGUGAGCUGUUCGACACCACCGACCUCUACGAAGACAAGGACAUGAUGCGGGUCCUCCAAAACGUGAACGUACUCCGAAAGUUUAGCGAAAAGUACGACUCUGCCGCCGUGAGCAAAUUGGUGAGCGAGGCCAAGGAGCAGGCGCCGCUGGCGAGCGGCGGCUCGGGUUCGAGCUGGGGCUCGACAUCAUCGAAGGGGCGCAGCAAGUCUAGCGUCCUCUCCCGCCCCACGGUCCAACGCAACGCCGCGGCCUCGGCCCCCAACUCGCCCGCGCUCACGACGACGGCGACGAGCCCCGCGCAAGCCGGUCCGACGCACAAGCGGUCGGGUUCGGCCUACAGCCGAACCCCGACGUACUCGCUCAAAUCCAACGACUCCUCCUCCUCCAGCGCGUCCCUGGGCAGCCCCUCCACAAGUCGAGCAGCGGUGAUCGAGGUGUCUUCGCUCCACGACGAUGUUGUGACCAAGGAGGAGUUCAAGUACUCGCUCGAGGUCGAGGUAAGGCCGACUCUGUUCGAGACUCCAGAGCACCAGGGAAUCGCCCAACGGUGGAUCGAGGCGGUGCUCAAAGACAAGUUCCCCGCCGGGGUCACCUUCGCCAACGCGCUCAAGUCCGGAGUGAUUCUCUGCCGAUUAAUCAACGCCAUCAAGCCUGGCAGUGUGUCCAAGAUCAACACGGCCAACAUCGCCUAUCUGCAGAUGGAAAACAUUGAGCACUACCUCAAGGCGUGCGCCGCGUUUGGGCUGCGCAACAGCGACCUCUUCGACACCACCGACCUCUUCGAGGCCAAGAAGAUGUCAAUCGUGUUGAGCCACAUCGUGGUGCUGGGCAAUACUGUCAAGAAGCUGGACACGUGGCGCGGGCCGGUGAUCGAGGACAGCAAGCACGCCAAGAACCUCUGGGCCGAGUCCCUCAACAUGAACGAAAUCAACGAGGCCGACCUCGACAAAGCGGAGGAGAACAAGCCGAUCCCGCCCGAGCAGCAGGAGUGGAUCGACUGGAUCAACGACCAGCUCGCCAAGAGGAGCUGGAAGCCCAUCAAGAACCUCACCACCAAUCUCAAGUCCGGCGUCGUUCUCAAUCGACUGCUUGAGGUGUUGCUGGGGCAGGACGUCGUGUAUGUCUCCGAGCCGAAGUAUCUUUGGCAGUACAUCAACAACGUCACCGUCGCCCUGCGCGUGCUCGCCGGACACACAUUCGAGCUCGUACCCGGGUGCACUGCGCGAGACAUUGUGAACGGGAAUGUGAAGAAUGUGAUGGUGUUGAUGAACUACCUGCGCGACAAGUUCGACCUCGAGUUCCUGUUCAACAAGGUGAUGGGCGAGGACAUCGACGACGACGAGAUGGACUCAAUCGAGUCCGACACCCUCCAGUGGUCCAUCACCCCCACCUGGCUCCCCGAGCCACCCGCGCCCCCCAUCCACGCCGCCGCCGCCUCAUCGUCCUCGUCUUCAUCGUCGACAUCGACCCCGCCGACCACGCCCAGCGCAACCCAGCCGGCCACACCCGAGCACAAGGCGUCGCCGCGCCAGCCGGCGGCGGGCUUCAUCGGACGGCCGAGCGAGGCGGCGACGUCGCCCCGCCGCCUGCCGGGCGCGCUGGACCUCAGUCCACGCCCCACCGCCGCCAAGCCCCAGCAGCAGCCGCCGGCGGGCUCGCCUCGCGUGGGCACCACCCCGCCCGCCUCGCCCCACCGGACCGCCGCCGCCGACGCGCAGCCGAUUUUGUCACCGCGUCAGGCCGGGCCUACGACCGCCGCCCGCGCACCGCUGUCGCCGCGGCUCGCCCCGGGCGCCGCGCCCGCGCAAAAGCACCACACGGCGCCUGUCGACGCCGUCCACGAGAUCAAGCCGCAGCCGCAGGCCCAGCCACUGCAGCACGCCAAGCCCGCUGAUGGCGUGGCAGCGCAGGCCGCGGCCCAGCAGCGGCCGCUGUCGCCCCGCGUGAUGGCCCUGACCACGCCCGUCGAGGCCCCUGCGGCUGCGGCGGUCGAUGGCGGCAUCGAGGCGUCGCCCAAGCGGCAGCCGCGUACGCGGUCGCACCGGGAGAAGAAGGAGAAGAAGCUGGAGCGGCUGCGGGAGAAGAGCAUGUCCGACCGCGACCUGAAGAAGCAGGAGACGUUCAAGCGGAAGGAGGAGGAGAAGGAGAAGCGACGCGAGGAGAAGGAGCGGAAGCGGGAGGAGAAGGAGCGCAAGAAGGAGGAGCGCAAGAAGCGGAAGGAGGAGAAGAAGAAGCAAGAGGCCGACACCGUCAAGGCCAAGAAGGGCAAGCACCGCAAAGCCCUUUCGCUGGGUGGUGCUGGAGCGGCGGAGAUUGUGGCGCCGGCGCCGGCGAAGGCCACCAAGGGCAGCUCCAUCUCGAAGGGAACGAAGAAGGCGUCAAUCGGAAGGGCCAAGGGCGCCAUUCUCGCCGAGGAGACACAUGCGGCCGCCGCGUCACAGCCCGCCUCGACUCAGUGUCAGCCCGCCACCGCUGGUCCUUCGGUCGCGCCGGCAGCAUCUGCUCCUGCUCAGGUCGCGCAGCAGCCCAAGCCCGCCGCCGCUGCCGCUGUCGCGCCGCUUAGCCCGCGCGGUCAGUGGGGCCAGCCCGCACAGCAGACUCAGCCUCAGCCGCAAGCCACACGGACCGCGGCGGUUCCGUCGAUCGACCUCGGCACGGCCGUGUCGGCAACGGGGCGGCCCGUGGGUCCCGGCUCGGCCGUGCCCGCCACCGGAACCCUCCGCCGGGCGGCCCAAGCCGCAGCCGAGCUCAAGCGGGAGAAGGCGCGCAUCGUGGUGCGCAAGAGGGUCGUCGACGAAAUCCUCUCCACCGAAGCCUCGUAUGUGCGCUCCCUGGAGAUCGUGGUCAAGCAAGUGCUUACUCCGCUGCGAAGGGCGUCGGCAAAGGUGCUGAGCGACGAGGAGACGGAGGUGGUGUUCAUGAACAUCGCCGGCCUGUUGACCCACCACCUGCGCUUCCUGGACCUCGUCAAGGAGCGCGUCUCCUCGUGGAGCCCGCGCUCGACCAUCGGCGACGUCUUCCUCUUCAACACCGACUUCAUCAAAGAGUACGGAGGCUAUCUGAACAAGUACAACACGGCGCUGGUCACGAUGCGCCAUCUCGUGGAGAAGCGGCCGGCCUUCAAGCAGAUCAAGGAGGCCUUCGAGUUGGAGCAGCUCAAGACGACGUCGCUCACGCUCGACGCCUUCCUGAUCAUGCCCGUACAGAGGCUGCCCAGGUAUGUGUUGCUUCUCAAGGAGCUCCUGAAGUACUCGAACCAGACCCACCCGGACUACGCCUACCUCGAGCGCGCCCACGCCAAGGUGAAGGCCGUGCUGGACGAGCUGAACCGGGGCAUCGACGAGGAGGCCCACGUGCGGGUCCAGAAGAUCAUUUCGAUCGAAGACGACAUCGAGGGACUGCUCGAGCAUCUGUCGGACGGCCUCUACCACCCGCAGCGUACGCUGGUCCGCGAGGGACUUCUCAAUCUGCGGAUAACCCAUCGCGGCGCUCGGCGGAAAGACAGCAUGCGCUCCUUCCAGAAACAAUACUACUUCUUCGCCUUCAAUGACCUGAUCGUCUGCUGCGGCAAGCGCGAGCCGGAGAAAGCGUCCAAGGGCGGGAAGGGCAAGGGAAACGCGGACCCCGAGGGCGGUAAAUCGUUCCGCUAUGCCGGCAGCGUGCGCCUGAGCGAGGUCGUGCGACUCGGGGACGGCGUGGCGGUGGACAACGACAACGCGGAGGCGAUGCAAAGCAAGCUGAUGCACAUCCAGUUCGCCUUCCACGUCGAGACCGAGCACGUGGCGUGGACGCUCGUGUGCAGCUCGGAGCAGGAGAAGCAGGCGUGGCUGAGCAUCGUACGCCAGGGCGCCACCAACGCCAAGAAGGUCUAG